CGAAGUUGUGUUCAUGGACCUUGUGUUCGUGUUCCUUCUAUUGUUUUAAUGGCGUCCUGAAAUAUCUGGAUAUAAGGAGAAUGCUCUUUGUUGAAGACAACAAUUGAAGUUUUUGAAGAAGAAGAAGAAGCAGUGGGCAUGUUUUCAUGUGUUUUCAUGGAGGAUUUGAACAUCUAGACAUGCAGACAGCUAGCUAGCGGCUCUCCUCAGGGAGAGUGGCACACCAGUUUACGAAUGCUUCAGGUAGACUUUAACGGGAUAUGGUCAUUCAUCUUUACUGUCCAAGUGUCAUGUUUGUUUCCACCCCAUCUGUGGGCAUCAGACUCCAGUGCUGGGCAUCAGCUCUGUUAUAACAGUAACGUUAUAUCUCAGGAUGCACCAUGGUACACCACUCUACCGUCACCUCCUUUCUUGGAGAAACAGGAGAGGCUCUCCAGUAUCCAUUUAACGCAACAUGACCCCGGUGGGAAAUCAGCAGAGCAGACAUUUCUUAGGAUGGAUGGUACAAUGGAAAUCAAUGGGCCCAUGGCGCUGUCUGCAGAGGGCCGACUCUCCUCUUCAGCUGCUGCUGGUCCAUGGGAACACUCUUUUUACACGCCACUUACUUUCAUGUCAAACAUCUUGCACCAACGGAUCCGCAGAAGCACACUUACAAGAUACAACCCGAGCGUCCCUCUGCCUCAGACUCAGAGUGUGGCACCUCCAUCCACAUUUGGGGUCAAAUUUCACAAGUGUGCACAGGUGAAGCUGGACACUGACCCUCCUCAACUGACAUUCUUCCUGCUAAUUCACAACAUGGGCCCAUUGGAUGGCACCAACUUGUCUCAGGUGGCUAUCCGGGACUCCAUUUCUGGAAUAGUACCCCUAAAAUCUGAUGGCAGAGUGGUUGAAAGAGGCUACCAGACUUUUGCCAUUGAUUCACUGUCGGCCGGAUCCCAAGUUGUUGUAAACUAUACUGCUCACAUAAGGAAUCAUAAGAGUGAAGUCCUGGACCUUCCAGCGUUCCUCACCUUCUCUAAUGCCUCACAGAAUGAUGUCAGUAUGUUUGGUCCAUUAACGGCUAAUCUUACCUUGAGGGUCAAUUCCACCGACAGGAUUUAUCCUAACCAUGGGGUCCAUUUUGCUGGAUUUGUUGCUGGGUUCUUUGUGACGCUGAUGCUGCUGUCACUGGGGUUUCUGGCCAUGAACCUGAUAGGUCUCAGAACCCGACUGAACCUUCUACAACAAAGGAGAAACAGAGCUGAUUCAGACCCUGAGUAUGCAGACUGCAACAUGAAUGAGGCCGUAAAAGAUGAGGCCGCAUUUGAGGACAAGAUGGUGGACACCAUGGUGCUGGAGGAUCCCCAGAACAUGUACCAGGCUUUGGAGAACCUUGAAAUGUCCACACUGCUUCAUGCCACCAAUAACCUGGAGGCCACUCGGAUUCAAAUCUACGGGGACGUGAUGUCCUCCCUGCUGGGCGGCCUGCAUUCCCAGGGCCUUGCCAGCGCCCAGGCCCAGCAGAGGCUCCUUAGUGUGCUCCACGGACAGAUGCUGGGCAUGGAGGGUCGGCUGAAGGAGGAGCGAGGGGCCCGCAUGGCUGCUCUGGCUGGCCGCUGUAACCUGGAGACCCGGGAGGAAAUGGAAGCAGAGCACUGCAGAGAAGCUGCUGAGAAGGCCCAGGCCGAGCUGCUGUGUCAACAUGCGGACCAACAGGAGCUCCUCCACUGCAGUGUCCUCCUGGAGAAGCUGCAUAAGCUGAGCCAGAGUCAGCUCCAGCGCAUCCUGUUGGUCCGACAUGAGGAAGCCUCAGGGAAGGUCCAGAGGCAGAUCAUCGAGUGCCGUCGGGUGGAGUUGCACAAGAUUUUCUCUGAAGAACUGGAGGAGGCCACCAGGAUGGGCGAGCUGCAGAAGAGCACAGCCAAGAGUCUUCAGCACGAUUACUUUGCCUGUCAAGAUCAGCUAGAGGAGGUGCUGGAUGUGGUCCUUGCCAACCAGCGCUUUGUUCUCGCUGAACGCCAUGCACAGAGGAAGUUCUUGGUGCACAGCCUUCACAGCCUCAACAGCCUGAUUUCUGACAGCUUCUCCAGCACCUCCAGCAAUCUGGACAGCUGGUUCACUCACAUCAGGAGGGGGAGCAGUGUGCCUUCAGAGCAGAUAGACCAGCUACAGGAGAAGGCCCAGAAAGAGCUGGUGAUGGUGAGGCAGAGACUUGAUGAGGCACUGAGCCAAGAGAGGAGAGCUAUGCGCUGUGGACUUAUUAAGAAGAGGCGGGAGCUCAUCUCUGACUUGCUGCGGGUCCACAAACAGAGACAGAAGGAUCUGUCUGUUCUUUCAAAGGGUCUGGAGGGAAGGAGAGAUGUAUCUCAGCACCUGCACUGUUGGCAGAACUUACUGACAGCUCACAGUUUGGAGCUAGCAGAGCUCAUCAAUAACCUCGAUGAGGAGGCUGCUGCAGACAUCCGCAAGGUGACCAUGCGUGUGAUUCAAGGUGCCAUAACAGAAAUCAAAGCCAUUCAGCCAUCUGCAACUCAGGCCUUGCUAACACUAUUGCCUCCAGGUGCGCAACGCGCACUGCCGCAGGUGGAACCAGAGGCAGGAGCUGGACAAGCCCAGGGACCAGGAGCGGGCGCUGUCCUGCAGGGCCAGGAGAGGCUGCACCAGGAAGGCAAGGCAGCCUUACACACCCUCAGCUGCACCCGGGCUGCUCUAAGGGAGGCCAUGGAGAGAGAGCUGCAGGAGCAGAGGGAGCUCAGGGCGCACUGCAGAGCUUUCUUUAGUUGUCUGUGUUCGUCCCAGCUGACUCUGUCUGAAGAUGAUCGACUCCGGAUGAAACUAGAGUUUCAGAAGUGUCUGUCUGUGAUGGACCGCUGUCUGGUGAUGCCCCACGCCGUCUCCAGAACCAAACUUCACACCGCUCUGGCAGCUUGGAGGAAGGAAAGCGAGCAACAGAUGACUAAUAUGCAAUCCAAGGGGAAAACCAGUGAGGCCAGACAGAAAACAGACACAUCUGACCUGCUACUUUUCCAGAAAAGGCUUGAAGACGGGAUCCAACUCUUUGAGAAGGAGAAGGAGACAGAGAGUGGCGUCAUGAACAAGGUGAUGGAGGAGAUGCGUAGGGAGAGAGAGGAUGAUCUGCGCUCUCAGGGCGACAGCCUGGCCAUGCAGAUGGCCACCAUCCACUACCAGAAGGCUGAGAGGAGGACCAAAGUCUUGGAGACUUCCAGAGCAAUGCUCGCUCUGCACAGCCUGCUCAUUCAGCAGCUCAGAGAGAGAAAGAGCCUGCAGAGACAAGACAUGUCUCAGAGUAUACAGAACUACAGCUUGGGCCUAGAGGAAGCCGAACAACAGCUUCAAAAGGAGAGAAAAGAGCUUGACGGCCCGCAAAGGUCUCGAACCAGAGUCGAGUCUAAUCCAACACAGAGAGAGAACUCUGAGGAGGGUGAGGAGGGAAGUGAAGAGGAGAGACUGUUUCAGCUGCAGCAGGAUUGCAGGAUGACGUUCAUCCUCCAGGAGGCGCUUUACAAGAGUGAUCAGGUCAUCUCACUGUUGGCCGAGAGGUUGCAGGAAAUAACUGGCAACAACCAAGCCAUGGAAGAUUUAAAAGAGCAAAUGGAGCUCAGGAGACUUUACGCAAACUGUGACCAGGAUCUGGAGUUUGCAUCCCGGCUGGUAAAGCAGAGUCAAGUGUCUGCUGAGGUUCUCCUGGAGGCCCUGCGUGUCCUCCUCCCAACUCUGCCUGAAAGCGAACUCCUCUCCAUCACUGACGCCCUCUGCCCCAAACAGCUCCUUGUCUCAGCAUCUGCAGAGCAGGAGCAACCCGGGUGUGCCGGCGAGUUUAACAGACUUCUUCCUGUCAAACUGAGAGAAGACGUGUUGCAUAAAAAUAUGCCAAAUAUGCCGAGCUGCACUGUGGAAAGAGAGAGACUCCAGAAAGUUAGGCAAAGUUUGAUGGAAAAACUGCUCCCCAGAUCCUGUAUCCUGGCUCCAAGAGAUGUUGCACCACUGCUAGUUGGAGAGAAACAAAAGGAGGACAGUUUUAUUAAAGCACAACGGCCUAUCUAUAAAUCUACCGUCACUACAGACGCAGUUACACAGCAGCAAGACGACACUGCAAAAGAAAGGGUUGUGAACACAGUGAAUGAAACAUUACACAGGACAGCGGAGGAAUACAUGAUGCCCUCCUCUGCCAGCACCGGGGAGAGGUUGUUUGUGUUCCGGGAUCCACCUGAAUCAUGUGGCAGUGCGGGCGCUCCUAAAAGAAAAAGGAAAAGAAACUUUCUCAAUCUGAAGAAAGGCUCAGUGGCUCCAACAAACCUACCUUGAGACUUACAAACAUUGUCUUUUGCAAGUUUUUUUUAUUUUAUUUUUUAUGAUGGUACUUACUAUCAUGAUAAUAUCACAAUGCAAAUAUCACAAUCUAAAUGAAACCUAUCAUUUUGCUGUGUAGCAAAACAUUUUCUGUGCCUUUUUAAAUGUAUAUUGCAUGGUGGUCAUACAAAGGGAGUUAACAAACAGUUCAUCAUUUUAAAUUGCGUUGUCUUGAAUAGAUGUCUUUCAAAUGAUGGGAAAAGUCCAUUAAAGUUCAGACUCAGACUUUACUGAAAAUGUUAACAAUUUAAAAAUGUGUUUUGGGGAAGAGAACGGAUUAAAACCCUUCCCUGUAGUAUUGGUGUGUACUGCAUUGGUAUUAUAAUUAUUCACGUUCAAGACUAAAGAUAUAAGACUGAAAGUUACUGUGUGUUUGUUGUUUGAUAUGAGGAUUGUACAGCCGUGGCCAAAAGUUCUGAAUUUCACAAAGUUUGCUGCUUCAGUGUUUUUACAUCUUUUUGUCAGAUGUUACUAUGGUAUACUGAAGUAUAACUACAAGCAUUUCAUAAGUGUCAAAGGCUUUUAUUGACAAUUACAUUAAGUUUAUGCAAAGAGUCAAUAUUUGCAGUGUUGACCCUUCUUUUUCAAGACCUCUGCAAUUCGCCCUGGCAUGCUGUCAGUUAACUUCUGGGCCACAUCCUGACUGAUGGCAGCCCAUUCUUGCAUAAUCAAUGCUUGGAGUUUGUCACAAUUUGUGUGGUUUUUGUUUGUCCACCCGCUUCUUCAGGAUGGACCACAAGUUCUCACUGGGAUUAAGGUCUGGGGAGUUUCCCGGCCAUGG